GUAUCAGCAAUAUUAACAAAUCCAGAGUUGAAAGACGGUGAACGAUGGGAACUGCUACAGAGGGCUUACAAUAAUAUGGAUGAUGAUAUCAAGAAAGAAUUUGAUGACCGAUUUGCAGCUGUUCUUUAG